AUGGCUGCUGAACUGCAGAGUCGCUUCUCCUGCGCACUGGUAGAGAAUAACUACGGCGAGUUCUUCAGCACCUUGUCUUCUGCAUUGCUUCCGUUAUCCGUAUCUGAAGAUGCCAAGGAACACGGUGGUCUCUGUGACACCUGCGCCGGAGCCGUUUACUGCCUCAAGCUAGACGAGCUGGUGUCAUUCGAUCCGGCCACUUAUGUGGACGAUCAACAUGCAACUAUCCCUUUCCGGCACAGACAAUCCGUCCACCGCUACCGAAUUGGUCAUAUCAGUGGCGUGACAAGCGAUGCGCAUGGCGACGGACACGGACAUGGCAUCGGUCACUCGGAUAGUAGCGGAGCCAGAGACGAGGACAAGGAUGAGAACUACUUCGGGUACGCUGCGGACGACAAUGUCGUUAAGGAGCGCUACAAGUAUAUCCUGCCGAGGAGUGAGGAAUCCCUCUCCAUGCCUGUGGCUGUAAGCGGCGACCAAUGCGGCACAUGGUCGGGACGCUUCGAAUGGACGGAUGUCGUACAUCGCAUUAAUAAGGAGGUCUUCGGAAAUGCUUCCUUCCGCCCCAAGCAACUAGAGGUCAUAAACUGCAUACUCAGUGGCCGCGACACCUUUGUGGUUAUACCCACCGGAGGUGGAAAGUCCCUCUGUUUCCAGCUACCCGUGGUCUAUGAUGGCACCGUGGGGAAAAAUGGAGUCACUGUGGUUGUAAUGCCGCUAGUUUCGCUUAUACAGGACCAAAUGAAGAGGUUGCAGGCGCUCGGAAUUCCGUGCCAUGCGCUGGUUGGUGAGGUCAGCCGUUUGGACAGAGACAGCGUGCUUGGGGACAUGAGAUCGGAGCUCGACACUUCGUAUUUACUCUUCGUCACACCAGAGCGCAUCACGAGCUCGAAGGUGCUGCUGAAAGCCUUCAGGGAUCUGGAACAACAAGGCAGGCUUUCACGCUUCGUGCUCGACGAGGCGCACUGCGUUAGCCAGUGGGGUAAUGACUUCAGGCCUGACUACAAGGAGAUGGGUCUGCUGAAACACGAAUUCCCACGUGUGCCUGUAUGCGCCUUCACCGCCACUGCCACUCCGCAGGUGAUCAAUGAUGUUUGCGCGGAGCUACGACUCAAGGCACCCACAAUAUUCAAGUCCAGCUUUAACAGGCCCAACCUCCGCUACGAAGUCAUGCCGAAGGACCGAAACAGCAGCAAGGCUAUAGAAAAACUUGUGGAAGUAAUAAAGGAGCGGUUCGCUGGAAGCUGCGGUAUCAUCUACUGUCUCAGCUGCAACGAGGUGGAAAGGGUGACUCAGGCGGUUUCAAAGCACGUGAAGGCCGCUCCAUACCAUGCACAGAUGCAAAUGCACAUGAGGACGGCGUACUACAAGCAGUGGAUAUCGGGCUCAGUCGACGUAAUGGUGGCCACGCUGGCGUUCGGUAUGGGAAUAGACAAGGCGGACGUGCGGUUCGUCAUCCACUUCUCCAUACCCAAGUCUAUAGAGAACUAUUUCCAGGAGUCAGGGCGUGCUGGCAGGGACGGUCAGGUUGCGUGCUGCCUCAUCUUCUACCAGUUCCACGAUGCGCAGAGGCUGCUCAUGCUGGGGAUGGGGACGGAUGCGAACAUUAAGAGCGAUAAGGAACAAGUGAACAGGAAAAACAUCCUCAGCGUGCUAGCCUAUUGCGAGAGCGGAUACCUGUGUCGGCGAAAGGUGCUCCUGGAAUAUUUGGGGGAAACACUGAAGGAAGCCUGCGACGUGCCAUGCGACUCGUGCUCGUCAAACCAGGAAGUAAGGUUUAUACCAAGAAAUUGUCAAAAGGAGGUCACUUUCAUAUGUAACGCGCUUACAACCCAAGGGAAGCAGUACGAACGGGCGAAUGACGCCUACACGCUCGUCAACCUGCACAAGCUACUCACACAGCGCAACGCGGGCGACCACCCACUCUCGGGAUAUCUCAGAAGAAUGGGGUUCACUAACGACGCGGCAAUGGUGCUGCUAAAGCGCAUGGUCGUGCAUCAGAUCUUGAUAGAAAGGGUGGCGCGCAUCGCACAGCAGAGUUACACCUCGUUUUACCUCCGCGUAAACCCCCAAUAUCGCACGUACCUCCACCACAUGGGCGCCCUGCGGUUCCCCAUCGAAACAAGUAUCGGCAAAAGGGCGGCUAGAGAAGGGAACUCGUCAUCCGCCAAGCCGCCCACAAACGUCAAGAGAGCAGCCACAUCACCAAAAGCGCCCCGGGGGGUGAAGGAAAAAACGGAACGAAAGCCGAGAGAACCUAAGAAAAAGGAGGCGACGGAGAGGAAACCCCGCGAACCAAGAAGGAAAGAGACAACUGUAAGGAAACCUAGGGAACCCAAGACGAGGGAGGCUACCGAAAGGAAACCUCGGGUAAGAAAAGCUGCAGCGGAUGGCAAGCAGGCCGGUAGAAAGCCAUCUGCACGGACCAAAACUACGAAUGCUCCGGACGCAGACAACACAUAA